GUCUGGCCACGGUCACACUAAUCCAAAUCUCACUUCGCUUUAAUUGAUAAAUACAUAAAUCAAUAAGACGUGAAAAUGGUUGUUAAAGCAGUUUGCGUUAUUAAUGGCGAUGCCAAGGGCACAGUUUUCUUCGAGCAGGAGAGCAGCGACGCUCCCGUGAAGGUCACCGGAGAGGUUUGCGGCUUGGGCAAGGGUCUGCACGGCUUCCAUGUGCACGAGUUUGGCGACAACACCAACGGCUGCAUGUCCUCUGGUCCUCAUUUCAACCCACACGGCAAGGAGCACGGUGCCCCUGGCGAUGAGAACCGCCACUUGGGCGACUUGGGAAACAUUGAGGCUACUGGCGAUUGCCCCACCAAGGUCACCAUCAGCGACUCUAAGAUCACUCUGUUCGGUGCCGAUAGCAUCAUUGGACGUACCGUGGUUGUCCACGCCGAUGCCGACGAUUUGGGCAAGGGCGGACACGAGCUGAGCAAGUCCACUGGCAAUGCUGGUGCCCGAAUUGGAUGCGGAGUUAUUGGAAUCGCCAAGAUCUAAUCUAAUCGGCGGGUGGGGGAUGAACGAUGAGCUUGACUGGAUAUCCGAGAAAUAAAUAUCCCCAAGAUGUGGGGAAAACAAUUGUAUGGAGUUAUCUAUUUAGCACUAUCCAUUGGAGAACUAGAGUAUAUCUAAUACAUUUACUAAGCCUGUGGUCUGUUACGAGAAACCACAACCUUUAAGGUCUAAUAAAAUGGUGUUUUCAAAUCGA